AUGGAGAAGAGGACUUGGCACCUCCUGCAGGACUCCCGGUCCUGUGAGAAGGGUCCUCCAUCAGCCCGUGUUUGUCUGUCUUUUCUAGUGCCGCCAUACACCAUUGUCUACUUCCCGUCUCGAGGGCGCUGCGAGGCCAUGCGCAUGCUGCUGGCUGACCAGGGCCAGAGCUGGAAGGAGGAGGUGGUGACCAAGGAGACUUGGAUGCAGGGACAGCUCAAGGCCUCUUGUCUGUAUGGGCAGCUUCCCAAGUUCCAGGACGGAGACCUCAGCCUGUACCAGUCCAACGCCAUCCUACGGCACCUGGGCCGCUCCCUGGGGCUGUACGGCAAAGACACGCGGGAGGCGGCCCUGGUGGACAUGGUGAAUGACGGUGUGGAGGACUUGCGUCGGCGCUGUGCCCACCUCAUCCACCAUAACUACGAGGAGGGCAAGGCCCAGUAUGUGCAGGAGCUGCCCGGCCACCUGCAGCCCUUCGAGACCCUGCUGGCCCAGAACCAGGGGGGCCAGGCCUUCAUUGUGGGUGACCAGAUCUCCUUCGCCGACUACAACCUGCUGGACUUCCUCAUGGCCCACCAGGUCCUGGUCCCCAGCUGCCUGGAUACCCUGCCCCUGCUCUCGGCCUACGUGGCACGGCUCAGCGCCCGGCCCAAGCUCAAGGCCUUCCUGGCCUCCCCGGAGCACAUCAACCGCCCCAUCUUCGGAGGCAGGAAGAUCUGAGACCGUCCUGGUCUCCAGCUU